GCUACAGCUGCAGCCAAUCAGCGGUCCCCGAACCCCAUCACAGAGCAAGGCUCCAGCCAAUCAGCAGCCCAACAACCCCAACACAGAGCAGGUCUCCAGCCAAUGAGCGGCCCCCGAACCCCAACACGGAGCAGCGCUACACCUGCUGCCCAUCAAUCAAUCAACCAGCGGACCCCGCUACCCAGCAUCCUCCUCGCUGCCCCAUAAAUCCCCAGCGCGGAGAGCUGGCAGUAGGUCGGUGAACAGGUCUGGGCAGUAGCAGUUACCGUUGAAAGCUGUCUUGGUAUUGAGAAUGCGUCGCAGUAUUGCAUCCAAUAGUCUCCUCAACAUGAACUCCACUAUUGGAAUCUACAGUGCCUACCAAAAUCCUUCUCUACCAAACGAAACGAUCAUCCAGACAAACAUGUCGCCUCAAAGAACAGUGCUUGGUGUGAUCAGUGGCAAUGAACAGUACAGACGAACACUUGGCCAGGCAUGUAGCUUGGCAGCUGCUGGAGUUAAGAAUGAACUUCCUCUCCUGAGAAAGGUGUCCUGUUUACCUGUUGCCAAACCCAGUUUUACAAUCUAUGUUGAUGAGCCAGUGGUUAAACAAGAGAAGUGUUCAUUUGAAGUAGAGUUUCCAAGCUUUGAAGAAGCAGAUGUCAACAUUGUGAAACAAAGUUUCCACUUGCUUCUUGACAUUAGUACGUCUUCCCCAAUGAUGGUUGAUGCAUCUAUGGACCAUCACCCUGGGGAUGGGUCUGAAAUGGAUCCUGAUGCCAUUGUUGUAUCUGAAUACAUGGAUGACAUUCACAAGUACCUCCGUGAGGCUGAAGUAAGACACAGGCCAAAGGCACUUUACAUGAGAAAACAGCCUGAUAUAACUCCAGCAAUGCGUACCAUCUUGGUGGACUGGCUGGUGGAAGUCAGUGAGGAAUACAAACUUCGUUGUGAAACACUCUAUCUUGCUAUCAACUACUUGGACAGAUUUCUAUCCUGCAUGUCUGUACUGAGGGGCAAGCUACAGCUUGUUGGAACAGCUUCCAUUCUCCUGGCAUCAAAAUAUGAAGAGAUUUACCCACCUGAUUUAGAUGAGUUUGUGUACAUCACAGAUGACACUUACACAAAGAAACAGCUGCUACGUACAGAACAUCUGCUCCUGAAAGUACUGGCUUUUGAUCUGACUGUACCUACAAUCAACCAGUUCCUGCUCCAAUAUCUGAAAAGGCACUCAGUCUGUCCCAAAACUGAGCAACUUGCAAUGUACUUUGCAGAGCUGACUCUUCUUGAAGUGGAGCCGUUCUUGAAGUAUCUCCCUUCGAUGACGGCAGCAGCUGCUUAUUGCCUUGCCAACUACACAAUAAACAAGACUUUUUGGCCUCAAGAUCUUGUUGCAUUUACUGACUACACGCUAAGUGAAAUUGUGCCCUGCAUUAGUGACUUGCAUAGGUUGUGUCUCCAUGCUCCCCAUCAAGUACCACAAGCAAUUCGAGAGAAGUACAAAACGCCCAAGCACAUGCAAGUCUCUCUUAUUGAGCUUCCAGCAAACCUUCCUCUCAAAUGAACACUCUUUUCUUCAGACUUGUGAAGCACUUACCUCAUGAUCAACAGUGUUGGUCUGACUUUUAUGAUGACACUGCAGGCCAAGUGUCUCUCGAACUUUUUUAAAUUUUAUGAACUUUUUAUACUGGUACACUAACCUAGGACUUUGAACUCGUACAAUUAUUUGCACUACAUGCCACCAAUAGAUGGACCUGCACUUUAUCUUGACACUUGAAGACCUCAAUGUGGUCCUACAAAUGUUUGUUAAAACUGUGUUCUGGCAGGUGGUAGCACUGACAGGUUUGGGUGGUGGUCAAACCCAUAGAGUAAGGCCAAACAUGGCUCCCAACGCAGAGGACUAGAGUAGAAUUGACUCGAAGACUGGCCUAGACAUGCUUGUGCUGUCGCUGGUCAGGUGGUAACAAGGGGUAGUUUUCUAUACUUAUUGUAGAAUGGGGAGGGCAUAGGCUUAAUACCAAACUGCACUAUGGCAUAUCUGCCGAUAGCCUUUGGUUUUAGUUUCUUAAGCUAGGUGAAACAAGGAUUCUGCACCCAGUAAACCCUCUGGGUGUUAGGCAAGAUUAUCAAAGUCUUUGCCAUAUGAUUCUUCUAGUACUCCAUGACUGCAAUAUGACUAGUCAUGUAUAAAACAGCACAGUUGGUUGACCAUUUUAAACUGGGUAAACGCUAACA